AUGGUGUGCGAUAAGUGUGAGGCGAAGCUGUCCAAGGUGAUCGUUCCCGACCGGUGGAAGGACGGCGCGCGCAACACCGCGGGAGGAAAGGAUGGUGGACGAAAGAUUGCAGGGAACGCUUUGCUGGGAAAGAAGCAUCGAUUCACACCGAUGAGUCGAAGCUGUCGGAUAUGCAAGACCAAAGUCGCACAAGACGCCCAUUAUUGCCAAAACUGCUCGUAUCAAAAAGGGAUAUGUGCGAUGUGUGGACGAAAGAUCAUGGAGACGAAGAACCACAACAUGUCGACUGUGUAG